CGAAGGGUCCUCAACACCGGACACAUACACACGUGUGUCGUGCGCCAUAAAGAUGGCGGACCUACAGAUGAAGCUUCUCCGCAAGAAAAUUCAGAAAAGAAGUGAAAAGAACAAAGAGCGCAAACUACUCCAGACACAGACAGAGGACACAGAGGCCGUGAACUCAAACGGAUUGGCAGAGGAGUGUUGUGAGGAACCAGCAGCUGUUUGUAAAGCUGACAGCAAGCCCAAGACAAAAAAGAAGAAGCAGCUUGGGGUACCAUUGGAAGGGACCACAUCAGAGGAAACUUCUCUGAAGAAGAAGAAGACAAAGAAGAAAAGAAAGCUUGCUGACACUGCUGAAUCACCAGCUGAGAAGAAGACCAAAACAGUGAAAGAAGCAGAGGAGGAGGAGGAGGGAGCAGCAACAUUAGCAGAUGGAGAGCAGGCUACUGAAAAUCCAGACGAAGCUUCAGAUGAAGAAGAAGAGGACAAAACUGGAGAGGGGGAUGAUGAAGAGGAUGAUCAACCUGAAUUACCAUCUGGCUUGACAGGAGCAUUUGAGGACACAUCCUUUGCCUCCCUUGCUGAGCUGGUAAGUGAGAGCACGCUGAAAGGAGUAAAGGAGAUGGGCUUCGAACACAUGACUGAGAUUCAGCACAAAAGUAUCCGUCCCCUGCUGGAAGGAAGGGACGUUCUGGCUGCUGCCAAGACAGGUAGUGGUAAAACUUUGGCCUUCCUCAUCCCAUCUAUAGAGCUCAUCUACAAACUCAAGUUCAUGCCCAGGAAUGGCACUGGUGUAGUGAUCCUAUCACCCACACGUGAGUUGGCAAUGCAGACUUAUGGUGUGCUGAAGGAGCUGAUGACACACCAUGUGCACACCUUUGGUCUGAUCAUGGGGGGCAGCAACCGCUCAGCUGAGGCCCAAAGACUGGCCAACGGUGUCAACAUCCUGGUGGCUACACCUGGCCGUCUACUGGACCAUCUGCAGAAUACCCCAGGCUUCAUGUUCAAGAACCUCCAGUGUCUGAUCAUUGAUGAGGCUGACCGUAUCUUAGAGGUGGGCUUCGAAGAGGAACUGAAGCAGAUCAUCAAACUGCUGCCAAAGAAGAGACAGACGAUGCUGUUUUCAGCCACUCAGACCCGUAAAGUGGAGGAUUUGGCUCGCAUCUCCCUGAAGAAAGAGCCCCUUUAUGUCGGCGUAGAUGACAACAAAGACAAUGCCACUGUUGAUGGCCUGGAGCAGGGUUAUGUGGUGUGUCCAUCAGAGAAGCGCUUCCUGCUACUCUUCACCUUCCUGAAGAAGAACCGCAAGAAGAAGCUCAUGGUCUUUUUCUCCUCCUGUAUGUCUGUGAAAUUCCACUAUGAACUACUCAACUAUAUUGACCUGCCUGUCAUGGCCAUCCAUGGCAAGCAGAAGCAGACCAAACGUACCACCACCUUCUUCCAGUUCUGCAACGCUGACUCAGGCAUCCUGCUGUGUACUGACGUGGCAGCUCGAGGCCUGGACAUCCCUGAGGUGGACUGGAUCGUCCAGUACGACCCCCCAGAUGACCCCAAGGAGUACAUCCACAGGGUGGGCAGAACAGCCAGAGGCAUCAAUGGCAGAGGCCACGCGCUCCUCAUCCUCCGACCAGAGGAGCUGGGAUUCCUCCGCUUCCUGAAACAGGCCAAGGUCCCAUUGAGCGAGUUUGACUUUUCUUGGAGUAAAAUCUCUGAUAUCCAGUCCCAGCUGGAGAAGCUGAUUGAGAAGAACUAUUACCUCCACAAGUCAGCCCAAGAGGCCUACAAGUCCUACGUGAGGGCUUAUGACUCUCAUUCGCUCAAACAGAUCUACAGCGUCAACACCCUCAACCUCCCCAUGGUGGCACUGUCCUUUGGCUUUAAAGUUCCUCCAUAUGUUGAUCUGAACGUCCACAGCAGUAAAGGUGCAAAGUUGCAGAAGCGCGGCGGUGGAGGCGGUUUUGGAUACCAGAAGUCCAAGAAUGCACAAAAAGCCAGAAUCUUUAAGCAUGUCAACAAAGGAAAGGGUGACAGGAGGCAAUUCUCCCGCUGAACCCCUUCAAAUAAACUCCUCCUGGACUGAUUCCUCUGCUGUGUAUUUGAAGAACUGCCCUUUUUUAUUACAUGAACUUCCUGCUUUGAACAGGGUGCUUAUAGUGUGUAGGGCACAUCUCUCUCUGACGUCAGUUAGGCCCAGCUGUCCUCCUAAGAGUUGUUUCCAAUAAUUUUUUGUAAAUGUAAACAUUGUGAAUGUUGUGUUGAAGAGGCCGCUGCAUUCCUUGUGUGUGCCACUGUGGACUUCAGAUCAACAAAAAUACUCACUUUUCUAACCUUUCUUCAUUUCACCUGACUGGAAGAUUAAAUCUCUAUUGACUUUAAAUAUAUAAACUUUGCUGAUGCUAAUUUCAAUGAAGCCACUUGAUAGAAGCCACAUAAGGUGCUGAUGUUUGUUUUUUAUUAUACAUCAUAUUAUUACAGCAUCAAUACAUUCCUGCAGAGCUGAAGGACUCUUCCUAUGCAUGUCGUCAAACAAAGCAACUGGCAGGCACACAGAUAGGAUCAGGGAUAAUUAGCUACACAUUACAAUGUUAAACACGCACCUUUUAAAGUAAAUCACAGUCAUCAGAAAUAUAUACAGUAACCAAAUGUUCCCUUUAGUUUAAAGGUUCUGUAUGCAACAUUCAGAGCAUUAAUAUAGCAGCUAACCACCAUUUGUUGAGUAAGGAUAUAGUGGAAUAAUGGCGUCCUGAGCACAGAAUGAAGUCAUGCUCUUCUGUGUGUUGUAAUCAGAGCUUUUCGUACUCCUUUUCCACCAAAUUAGCUCUGGUUCUUGAACCUGUUCCGUUCAGGAUUCUUGGAACCUUGGUGAUAUGUGGUGAACCAGCCUGCGUUUCCAUCAGUUUUGGGCAGAACCAGUGUAAUCAAGAUGUGCCGUAGCCGGAGGGUGUUGCACAAUGUACAUUUAGAGUAGUGGAGUAGUAGCAAUUGUGAAUUACACUGAUUACCUGCAAACUUUUGUUCUGAUACUAGAUAUUUUUACCCUAAAAAAAGCAUGCCCAACUAUAAAUGAGACCACUGCAGCUCUUUUUGGUCUUUCUCACUUGCCCUCUCCAUGAUUUUGCCUGUUCCCUCUUCUCAUUAUUACACACCUGCUAAUGUUAUGAUUUGUGCUUUAGGUCAAGAAAACCUGCUUCUUUUGGUUCCAGCUUAGAACCAACUAUUCUGGAUUCUGAACCAAUUUGUUUUUUGUCGAAAUGCUCUGAAUGAUUAAAAAUUAGGCGCAGGAACCAGAGCAGAACCAGUUUCAUGUAGGUAGAAAAAUGGUAUCAGCGGUUUGGCAUGUGUGAUGGCUAGCUAAUCACACAGCAGUUACUACUGAUAUGAUUAGAGGUAUAGUGCCCAUCAUCCAGUCACCUAGUUAACGCCAUUAUUGUUGGGAGUUCAUGUAGUUAGCACCGUUAGCUGCUAGCCACUGGCUCAGUCCCCUUAAUGUUAAGAACUAUGUACACACAACUCAUACACUAUGAAUUUUGCAUACAGCCCCUUUAACCCCUUUGUGCCCACAACUGAAAUUUUAACUUUAUUUUAAUGGAAGUGUUCUCUGGGCUUACCAAAGGACAAAUCUGAAGAACUUAAAAAAGAAGAAAAAAAGUCACACCAUUUUGAUGGAAAAUGAGUUUUUCAUAUUGUACUAUAUUUAGUCUCAUGAUAAAAUGGUUGAGUCUCAGACACAAGGCACACAAUUGCAUAUUUGGUAUCUGUAAACUCAUAAUUUCAAUAUCACAGACUUGGACAUACAUGCAGUCAAAAAAUACUUUGUUGGAAGACAUUUGAUAAGCACACUGUGCCAGUUUUACAGACUUAUUAAAUAUAGUACUAACACAAAUGAUUCAUUCUAAAUUAAAGUGAGCUUAAAGGUUUUUAUCACUGAACGUGCAUGAUGGCGCUGUCUUAGGCAUGUGCUCACAUACCACUGACUCGAUGUAAAAUUGUUAGGACAAAAUCAAAAUGUUUUGAUGCUUUGAUUUACUAAAUGGAUUGUAUGGGGGUUUCCCUUUAGUGUUAGCACUGACUAAGCCAUGAUGAACUUCCAUUCCUAAAAACAAACAAUCUAGUUAAAAACACUACAUUCCCCUUUAAAAAACCUGCAAUGCUCCCAAAAUCACCCUCUCCAUACACUGGAUAAAUAUAAAGUGCUGUUGAGAGCCUGCAAAGUGUCCGCCUCAUGUCAGAACUGAAUGCAACAGGAAACCUGUUAAAACAUAUUAGCACUUUUCCCACUCAAUCCAAAGAAGUUGAAGUAACUCUAAGGACAAAGUGUCUCACUCAUCUUUAGUUGCUCCAAGAGCAAACCCCACUUAAACAGGACGUAAGCUGACCAGUAACCUUUUUCAAGAACUGAAUUAGUCCCACUUCUCUCAUUCAUCCCAGAGUUGAGGAGUAAAAAGUACACACCAAAUUUACAGAACAUA